UUGCAGGAGAUUGUCUUAAUGCAGGUGUUGAAUUUUGAGAUUGGUACAUCUAAAAUUGCUUUUAUUUUCCUUGAAGAGCUCUAUAUUCAGUUAAAGGGAAUGGCAAAGAUUGGGGAAAUCUUGAGCUUUGAGGUCUGCAUGGAUCUGAUGGAUCUUCUUUAUGAAAAGGAGAAGACAGCUAUUCUUUAUAGUUCUCCUCAUUCUCUAGCUGCAUCUAUUUUGGUAGCAUCAUAUGUGAUAACGGUGCCUAGACAGGAGUUGGAAUUCCCAGUUCUUCCUUGGGUGAAAUUUGUAACCUCGUGCAAAGAAGAGGAAAUUGUGGAAAUUGUGAGGAACAUUCUCGAGCAUGUAUUUGAACCUUGUUGCUAAAUAUUCUGAAGAAAGCUAUUGUUGGCAAGUAUUCUCCACUUCAUUGAAUAAAGGUAUAUUUUUUGGUGAACGCAAUUUAUAAUCUGCAGGUUUUUACAUUACAAAGUAUCGUCUGUUAAUUUGGAAAGAUCCGGAAAUGACAAGGAAAUCCUGGAAAAGGGUUGGUGGGAUCCAUCUCCUUAAAUUUAAAAAAAAAAAAAAA